AUGGAGUAUGGGCCAGCAAAACAGCCUAAGCAAUCUCUAGAUCUGCUUGACUUUUCAAGAGAUAAUAAAAGGCAGCUAUCUUUAAAUGUUUUUAAAUACCCUACUGCAUUUUCUCAAGUAAUUUCACUGUCUCCAAACACAUAUUCUUGUGUGUCAAGUCCGAUAAGCAAAUCAAGUCAUAAAAGAAACCUCAGCGAUUUUAGCACUGCAUUUUCUCAAAAUGAGGCCGACCCACCUGCUAGAGAUAUAGAUCGAAUAAUAGAGAAUUGCGAUAAAAUGCAAAAUACACUUGUGACGACUUGAUCUGACUUGAAAAACUCAUUUCAUAUCAGGAGCAACAGCUUAGGUGAAAUAAAAUAUGAUAAAAAUUUAGUAAUUGAUCCAGAACUUGCAAGGGCUAAGAAAAAAUUUAUGACAAUAAAACAAGGAGUUACUGAUCCAAGCAGUGAAAUGAUAAGAAAAAUCAAAUCAAUACUAUCAGUUUCAAAUUUAACUACAGAUAAUAAAACCGCUGAAUCAACUCUGAGACACUACUUAACUAGAGAUGAUUUAUCAAACACAACAACAGCAAAAUUGCUUUCAAAAAAUAAGAGGCAGUUUGGAAAACCUUUUGAUAAAGGCGUCAAAAUGACCAAUAAAAAUCACUCUUCUUCUCCAAGAAAAAUUCCCAUUAAUAAUGUUUGUCCUGAGUUGACAGUAAUUGAAGACAUAAAAUUGUUGAAAAAACAAGAAAGUUUUAAGCAUCUUGAUAUAAAAGAAAUCAAAUUAAUAAAGCCUGAAACCGUUGUAGAAAAAGCAGAUGAAGAUAUUAUACUUUAUAAGUUUUAUAAAGCCCCAACAGUGUAUAAAUAUGCAGUUGACAAAAUUUUAAAAGAAAAGCCGAAUAUUCCUAACUUCAUGCUUAAAUUGAAUAAAAUAUAGUUAAAAUUUCCUUUUUUGGAUAUACAAAUUGCCCGAGGAUGGUGCAAAAUAGCGCCAUCCUCGGGCAAUUUGUAUACUUUAACCCCUUUAAAUUGGGAACAAAAUUAUUUUUAAUAGGAAAAUUGUAUAUGCAAAAAACUAAUUUUUAUUGAUCAAAUUUAAUGGGAAAAUUGCAAGUAGAAUGCUAUUUAAACAGAUUUGGAAGAAAUAAAUAUUUUUUUGAAUUAAUUCUUUAUAAAAUUAAACAAUUUUGAGUUCAAUUUAUAUUUUUUUAAUUAUCUAUAGAAAAAAAAAUUUACCCCCUUUAAAUUGGAACAGGAUUUUUUAAAGGGGGAGGUAAUGAAAUUAAUAAAAGCAAACAAAAAACAAUCAAAAAGAAAAUUAAUAAUUAUGAAGAGUUAUUAAAUAACUUAGAAGCUACAAAAAGUAAAACUAUAAGCCCUAAAAAUAAAACAAGCACACGCCAACUCAAAAGGGUUAGCAAUAUGACUGUAAAACUUACAAACAGAAAGAUUAAAGAUGAUAACAUCUUUCAAGAUAUAAGAAAAAAAUAUAGCGAAGAUAUCGAAACUAAGAAAAAAAUUCACGAAAUGUCCAAACUAAAUACCCAUCACUUAAGAAACUCUUAA